UUCAAACCAUUUGAUCUAAUAAUAAAAAGAAAUUUAAUUACAUAUUUUGUGCUAUAUCUUUUAAAGUAGAGUACAAUUUAUUUUUCCGGGUUCGUAAAGCAUUACAACCUAGGCGGGACGUCGUAUAUUUUCCGACCGUUUAACUAAUUGCGCGAUUACUGGAAAAAGGACCACCCCGGAAGAGUAAUCCUGUUUAUGCAUUAAGGAAUGGCAUCCUGUUUCCGAAUAAAAAGAAAUAUGGAUAUAAGACCGCUUUCUCCGGAAUUGCAAGCGAAAGCCAUUGCUGAACUUAACGAAGAUCCAAAAAGAAUUCCUGAGGACAUCAAAUACAUCAAAGAAUGGCUUUUAAAACAACCUCAUUUAAAACCGAGAACGGACGACCAAUUUAUUUUAACGUUCCUAAGAGGAUGUAAGUUUAGUUUGGAAAGAACCAAAGAGAAACUUGAAACUUAUUUUACGAUGCGUUCCCUUCUUCCGGAAUACUUCAAAAACCGUGAUCCUUUCGAUCCAAAAAUGCAGGAACUUUUGAAAGCUGGUACAUAUUUGCCGUUGAAAAGCUCUGGGCCUGAUACACCAAAAGGAUUUUUAAUGAGUUUCAAAAAUUGGGAUAUGAGUACAACGAGUAUGUCGGAUUUAAUGAAAUUAACCUAUAUGAUUAUGGACAUUGUAAUUAACGAAGACGAUCAAGCUGUAAUUGCGGGAAUAAUAGCUUUACAAGAUGGAACAGGAAUUGAAAUGAAACAUAUGAUGGCAAUGACUCCGAGUUUGGUGAAGAAAAGUGCGAUGUUGUUCCAAGAUGCGUAUCCAAAUCGACCAAAAGCUAUGCAUUAUUUCAAUCCCCCAUCGUUUAUCGAAACCAUUUUUAACUUAUUUAAGCCAUUUAUGAAAGAAAAAUUAAUGAAAAGGUGGCAUAUACACAAUACGAAAAACAUUAAUGAUAUGUACGAAUUUUUUCCAAAAUCAAUUUUACCUGAAGAGUAUGGAGGUGAUGCUGGCAAAAUACAAGAAAUUAUUGAUUAUUGGAAGAACAAAGUUGAAAGUUACGCUGAUUGGUACAAAGACGAUGAGAAGUAUGGUUGUGAUGAAUCAAAACGUCCUGGAAAACCGAAAACUUCAGCAGAACUCUUUGGAAUUGAAGGUUCAUUUAGAAAACUCAAUGUGGAUUAAUUUUAAAAU